GUGAAAGAGAGAGAGAUCGAUGGAAGGAGAAGGAAGAAGAGAAAUAACCAGUAGAGAGGAAGAAGCAGCACAAGCCCAAGUGGACAUAUGGAAAUAUAUGUUUGGGUUUGUAGAUGUGGCAGUGGUGAAGUGUGCCAUUGAGCUUGGCAUAGCUGAGGUCCUGGAAAGCCACGGAGGUCCCAUGACACUCUCCGAGCUUUCGUCCGCCCUUGGCUGCCCCUCCCCAUCCGCCCUCUACCGUGUCAUGAGGUUCUUGGUGCACCAGCGCGUGUUUAAGGAAGACUCCACAAGCCAAGGUAUCAUUGGCUAUGCUCAAACACCGUUGUCCCGGCUGCUAAUGAGACAUGGUAAAAACAGCUUGGCCGAUCUUUUGCUGCUAGGGAGCAGUCCGGCGGUGGUUGAGUCGUGGCAUAGUCUAAGUGCUCGUGUUCUAUCCAUUGAUACUUCAGCAUUUGAGCUCGCCCAUGGUGAGGACAUAUGGAGCUACGCAGCUAAAAAUCCCGCCCAGAUGAAGCUUAUUGAUGAUGGUAUGGCUUGUGAUGCUAGGGUGGUUGUGCCGGCGGUAAUUGAGGGCUGUUCGGAGCUCUUUGGUGGGCUGAACGUUUUGGUGGACGUGGGUGGUGGAAAUGGCACUACUCUGAGCAUGUUGGUUAAAGCCUUCCCAUGGAUUCAAGGCAUUAACUUUGAUCUUCCUCAUGUUGUCUCUGCUGCUCCAAACUGUGUUGGCAUUGAGCAUGUUGGGGGAGACAUGUUUGAUAAGGUUCCCAAAGCGGAUGCUGCUUUCCUCAUGUGGGUUCUGCAUGACUGGGGUGACGACGAGUGCAUCCAAAUCCUAAAAAAAUGCAGAGAAGCCAUUCCAGAGGACAAAGGGAAGGUGAUUAUCGUAGAAGCCGUGAUCGAAGAAGGGGAAGGAGACAAGCUCAAGUAUGUGAGGUUGAUGCUGGACAUGGUGAUGAUGGCUCAAACAAAAACUGGAAAAGAGAGGACUCUGAAAGAGUGGGCAUACAUUCUAGGCAAAGCUGGCUUCAGCCGAUACACUUUGAAUCGCAUUCAAGCUGUUCAGUCUGUCAUUGAGGCCUAUCCUUGAUUUGCAUAUGAAGUGUUUCAUAGUGUUCAAAGGAUGAUGAACACAAUAAAUAUUGUGCGAAUAAAGCUUUAUAUAAGCAUAGUCUCUGUUGGGAUUAGGGUUUUAGUAAUCGAGUGAGAUUUCCCAGCAAGGAUCUGUUUGGUUUAGCCUUUAAAAUUUAGUACUAUGUUCUGAUAAUGUUUGAAUUUUAUUCAAUGAACAGCUUGAGGAGACUGUGAUAGUUUGUUAA